GCGGUUCUCUAUCUAUCACAAUUAGUUGGCGAAUCAUGUCGGGUAAAUUAGGGGACACUUCAUAUCAGCAACCCUAUAUGUAACGCAUACAUAAACAGGCUAUAUGUAUAAUUAUUGUUUCAGUAUAGCACUAAUGUAAAUACAUACUUGUAAUAUAAAUAGCUAUUAACACGCUGACUAAUAAAUACUACUUUGAAACGUGAAGAUCGGUUCGUAAAAACAUUUUUCAAGCCAUAGAUUGUCGUAUCAAUCGUUCUGCAGUGUGCGCGGAAAUCGUUUAGUUCACACUGCGACGCAUGCUCGGCACAAUUUAAAAUCGGAUAUUGUGAUGAUUCGCCCCCAAGAAGGGUGCCCCGCCCUUGAGUUUUCCAGGGAUGAACGUAAACAAAUACUCAAAUAAAUGUUUGUAAAUUAUGGGUGACAAUAACACACCUAACAUAGGGUUCUGUGAUCACAUAGGUAAUAAUUUGUCCGAAUUGGGAAAAUGGCAAGUAUGGCUAAACAUUAUACUCGGCCAGUUCCUCUCGCUAGUCCUUUGCGCCAUAAACACGUUGGCACAUUACUUAAAUUCAGGAUCAAGCGAAGUCUUGCCGACUGGCCAAUCAUUGCCUCACUACAUGUUUUUAUGUGCCGUUUUUACGAGCUGGUUGGCGUUUAGGCGAGGUGACAAAGGUCUCAUUUCCAUUAUUAGAGCUAGAGGCUGGAGAUAUGUGCUGCUUUGCAUCAUUGACGUAGAAGCUAAUACUUUGAUGAGUACAGCUCAUCAGUUUACCACGCUUACCAGCAUUCAGUUACUGGGCUGUGUGGCAAUACCUGUAGCUUUAGCCUUGAGCUGUUUGGUGCUUGGAGUUAGAUACAGAAUGGUGCACAUUCUGGCAGUAUCUGUAUGUUUAAUAGGUGUUGGGUGCUUAGUAUGGGCUAAUAUUGAGGAUACUAAAAUUGAUGGAAAAAACCAACUAGUUGGCGACAUGCUAUGUUUGGGAGGAGCAGUUUUGUUUGCCAUAGUCACUGUUCUGCAGGAAUUGUCAGUAAAAAAUACUGACAUUAUUGAGUAUUUAGGUUUACUAGGUCUGUUUGGAAGCAUCAUAUGCGGAUUGCAGAUGUUGCUGUUGGAAAAGCAAACCAUGAUUUCAUCAUCAUGGAAGAACUCCGGUGCACUGUUGUCUUCGUUUGCCGCUUGUCAAUUUAUGUUCUGCACAUUUUCCAGUAUAUUCUUACUAAAUAUGGGCACAACUGCUUUACAUUUGUCAUUAAUAUCCGGAAAUUUUUAUACGCUUAUCAUUGGAAUCCUGUUAUUUAAUUAUAAGUUUCAUGCUUUCUAUUUUCUAUCCUACACCCUUUCAAUGACGGGAGUCUACAUUUACUCAAUAAAGAGGACCUCAACCAGACCAAUGCAUAGCAUGUUAACUGUUAGUUCUCAACGGAAUGACGCUGCAGCCCAGCAUCUCAAUAACAGGCACAGUGAAUGUCAACUGCAAGACCACAUUAUAGUGGAUAGUCCGGAAAGAAUGAAUGAAAUUUUAUCGGCAUUUGGGACGAUAAACAGCAACGAUACAUUCCCCUUGAGCCACAGCACGAACACGACAUUUACAUCAUUCUAUGGCAGUCAUGAUGUCCUAAGUCAUCAAACGACAAGUGCGUAAAAGCAUCUUGAGUGUUGCGGCUGCAAGUAUCUCAUUUUAUUUGGCGUGAAGCUAGUAGAUUGGGUGUAGAGUUUAAAGGCUCAAAUAAAGCUUUUAACAUGUACUCGUAUGUAGGGUAUCGUAUGAUAUGUAAACGAUGUUUUCCAUUACAAAUAUUGCUCAAUAUCUCGCAUCCAUAAAAACCAAAGUGUAUUUAUAUACUUUUAUUUGUAAAGUUCCACAUUUUAACGGGUAUUCUUAAAAUAUUGUUCUUCGUGUUUAUUUUAUUGAGUUAGGAGGCGUCCGCAUGCUAAAGACAACUUUUAAAUUACCAAUGAAGGUUAGUUUAAUUCUACUUUUAUUUCAUAGUUAAAAGCUAUAGCAUAAGAACCAAUUUUUUUCAGAGGACAUUUUGUUCCCGCAAAUUAUAAAAAAUCUAUCUUUUUCGGCUUCCUUGCUUAAAGUUGAAUUUUCCAAAUGAUCAUUUAAACCCUGAACGGUUAAACACCUUCAUUCCCCAUCUGAGUGGGAUACCGAGAAUAUACGUCUAUAUUUAAAAACAAGUAAAAACAACAAACCAACCUAUCUCUUCUGCAGGACGCUCAGAUCAUCACCGAGUGGUCCGUAUGAUGACGGUUCGUUUUCUUUUUAGAACGUUUCAUUUACUAUGGGGGUAAUUUAACAUCUGCGACGGGCAUCAUUUUGCAACUUUUUUAAAGAAGUGGGUGCAAGCUUCCUUCAACUUAUUGCGGAGAGCCAUAUCUUUCCUCUUAUGAUUUUUAAACAUAUCUUUUUAGUUGAUUUUGUUUUCCAGCGCAAGUUAUAUUGUGUUUAAAUACAAGGCCUGCUGUUUUGAUUUUAGUUUUGAAUGAGUACCGACAACAGUUACCAAUAGUUUAUUUACGAAUUGGCUCAAAUAUAGUUUUAGCGGCGUUCGACUUACAGAUAUGUCCAGUUACUGUAUUUAGGAACUAAUAUUAUUCUUCACAAAUUUUUUCUAAAUGCAUUCCUAGUUUCUUGACACUUCAUUAGGCUGCUUACAGAUGGUUAAGUAUAAUGGAUGAUGUUAAUGUAUUUUAAGAAACCGUAACCGUAUUUGUAAACACCUACAUAUUUAGACACUGAUCGUGCAACGAACUCGUUUUCUACUUUUUGUAACAACAAUAAAACGCAAUGUUUACUACCGCAUACUAUUUAUUAACUAUUAAAUCUGUAUUUUAUACAUAAAUAUGCAUUAGACACACUAUGUAAA